AUGGCCCCAAAACGCAAAGCAACUGAAACUGCCUCAGCGCGAGCCUCAAAAAGAGCGACUCCCGUGCCCGAUACACCGCAGAGCUUCGACAGCAGCGAUGAGUAUUCCGAGUACGAUGAGAAAGAGGAACGCACAGCACAACUAGUCCAAAAGUUCUCGCUUGAGUCCUUCAGCAGGGAUAAGAAAGCGGUGAUAGACAGAAGUGAUCCACAUUAUGGCUACAAGGAUUUCUCAUCACUGCCGCUGAAACCGGAUCAUGCGAACCGACCGUUGUGGAUCGAGCCUCUUAAAGGCACAAUUACGCUCGAGAGUUUCUCACCUCUUGCGUCGCAGGCUGCUGAUUUCUUGACGACCAUCGCGGAACCGUUGUCUCGACCGGUGCAUUUGCACGAGUACCGACUUACUGGAAAUAGUCUGUAUGCUGCGGUGUCAGUUGGCUUGGAACCAAAAGAUAUUAUCCAUUUUUUGGACAGACUUUCCAAGACACCGAUCCCAGAUGCGAUUCGAUCUUUUAUCGUUGAUUUUACAAAGUCUUACGGAAAAAUCAAGCUCGUUCUCAAUAACAAUAAAUACUAUGUGGAAAGUACAGAUCCUGCGAUGCUACAAAUGCUACUCCAAGACGACGUGAUCGGAACAAAGCGAGUUCAAGGCUCAGAGGGCAUUAUCCAGCAGGCUGCACCAAAAAUGGCAGGCCUUGUCAUUCCUGGUACUAAAGAUGCGGCUGGCGKCGCACAAGCAAAUCAAGGUUCCGGCGAAGCGAAUGGGGCGAACGCUACCAACAAAGAGGAUGACUUCUUGGCUACUAUCCGUGACGAAGAUGACGACGACGAUGAUGCACAAGUCCACAGUUUUCAAAUCCCCAACGACGACGUCGAAUCUGUCAAAGCGCGAUGCCAGGCAAUGGGCUGUCCGGCCCUCGAGGAAUACGACUUUCGAAACGACAGGGAUAAUCCCACGUUGGAUAUUGACUUGAAGCCAAAUGCUCAGAUUCGAAGCUAUCAAGAGAAGAGUCUGAGUAAGAUGUUCGGUAACGGCCGAGCCAAGAGUGGUAUUAUCGUUCUUCCCUGUGGUGCCGGCAAGACGCUUGUCGGUAUUACCGCAGCAUGCACCAUCAAAAAAGGUGUUAUUGUACUAUGCACCAGCUCCAUGUCUGUCGUCCAGUGGCGAAAUGAGUUUAUACGAUGGUCAAACAUCGACCCUGGUGACAUUGCCAUUUUCACAUCCGAUAAUAAAGAGAAGUUCAAGCGGUCAACUGGUAUUAUUGUCUCGACAUAUUCCAUGGUUUCUCAAACUAGAGCCCGAUCGCAUGAUGCACAAAAAAUGAUGGAUUGGCUGACCCAACGAGAGUGGGGUUUAAUGAUUCUUGACGAAGUGCACGUCGUUCCGGCCUCUAUGUUCAGAAAAGUCACAUCGAGCAUCGCAUGUCAGGCCAAACUAGGAUUGACUGCGACACUUCUUCGAGAGGAUGACAAGAUUAAAGAUUUGAACUUCUUGAUCGGUCCCAAGCUUUACGAAGCAAAUUGGAUGGAGUUGGCUGAACAGGGCCAUAUCGCCAAGGUUCAGUGUGCCGAAGUGUGGUGUCCGAUGACCACUGAAUUCUACUCGGAGUACAUGCGAGAGAGCUCGCGUAAAGCAGCUCUUUUGUAUAUCAUGAACCCACGAAAGUUUCAAGCUUGCCAGUUCUUGAUUGAUUAUCACGAAAAGCGCGGUGACAAAAUUAUCGUGUUCUCCGAUAACGUCUACGCUUUGCAACGAUAUGCUCUCAAAUUAGGCAAAGCUUAUAUCUACGGUGGAACUCCGCAAAACGAACGCAUGCGUAUCUUGGAGAACUUUCAACAUAAUGAACAAGUCAAUACUAUUUUCUUGUCCAAGAUCGGAGAUACUUCGCUCGAUCUCCCCGAAGCCACAUGCCUGAUCCAAAUCUCAUCGCACUACGGUUCCCGCCGUCAAGAAGCACAGCGACUAGGCCGCAUCCUACGAGCCAAGCGUCGUAACGACGAAGGCUUCAACGCUUUUUUUUAUUCUCUUGUCUCCAAAGACACAGAUGAAAUGUACUACUCCUCCAAACGACAAGCCUUCCUCGUGGACCAGGGUUACGCGUUUAAAGUAAUCACGCACCUUCAAGGCAUCGAAAACCUCGAGGGUCUCGCCUACGCUACCCCUUCCGAACGCCGCGAACUCCUGCAGGAAGUCAUGCUCCAAAACGAAACCUCCGCCGAAGUUGAGAACGUAGUCGAUGACCUCUUCUCCGAGCGCUCGGGUGGCCAACGCGGCGGCCGCGCAGGCGCCAAAAAGGCAAUCGCAAAACGCAGCGCGGCUACACUCAGCGGCCUCGCUGGAGGCGAGGAUAUGGCUUACGUGGAAUACAACAAGUCACGCAAUAAGCAGCUCAAGGAGAAGACGCAGCAUCAUCCUCUGUUUAAGAAGAUUGCCCGCGAUCAGCAGAAGCGCAAGGAGGCUAUGAAAGAUAUGGGGCCGAGAGGGCGGUGA